AACAUGCGCAGUAGGGAUGUGGCCUAGUCCGUGAGGGAGGGUGGCGAAGGAGAGGUGAAGGGGAGAGCACCCGAAAGGGGCUGCGCUAGGCUGGGAGGGUUGUCGUCAUGCCGGUUACAGUGGAGGUGCCUUCGCUGGAGGAACUGGAAGUGCCGCAGGUGAAAGUCAGCUCAGCAGUACUGAAAGCAGCUGCUCACCAUUAUGGUUCUCAAUGUGACAAACCCAACAAGGAGUUCAUGCUUUGCCGCUGGGAGGAGAAAGACCCACGGAAAUGCUUGAAGGAAGGCAAAGAGGUCAACAAGUGCGCCCUGGAAUUUUUCAGGAAGAUCAAGUUGCACUGUGCAGAACCCUUUACCCAAUACUGGACCUGCAUCGAUUACAGCAGCCUGUUGGAGCUUCGUCAUUGCCGAAAUCAGCAGAAAGUCUUUGAUGACUGUGUACUGGAGAACUUGGGCUGGGUGAGACCUGAUUUGGGGCAACUGUCCAAGGUCACCAAAGUGAAGACUGACCGGCCUCUCCCUGAGAAUCCCUAUCAUUCCAGACCAAAACCACCACCAAACCCGCCGGUUGAAGGCGAGCUGAAACCUGCCUUGUAUGGCAGCCGGCUAUUUUUCUGGAACUGGUAAAAAGAAAAUUGGGUGGGGAGGGGCUUCAAAACUAUAAGAAGCUUCAUGUCUAAAACAAACUACUCUUUACUGGUGUAUAUUGGAUGCCAUCUAUACAUGGAAAUUAAAAAUAUAUUCCUGCUUGA